GUCGUUAACUAUAUUGCUUUAGUGAAGAAUAAUAUUGUAUACUGUACAUUGUAAUAUUUGUUAGUACAUAUUUAAUAUUAAAAUAAUUUAAAUUAAAUCAUGACUUCGUUAAUCCAAUCUAUAAUAUUUCGUCUUAAACUGGCACAAGUAAUUCUUUCUAUUGGAAGUAUUGUACCAGUGUUCGCCGAAAUAUCUGUUACAUUUUUCCAUUUUACUACAGAUUUCGUGUACCUAACAGUGUACAGUUACCUGGGAAUUGGUAUAAUCACUCUCGUGAGCUUAUGUAUAGCUGAACCAGUCUCCGAAAAAUUGAGCCUAUACUCGGCGUGCGUGGCAGUGGUCAUGCACUUGGUGUCGGCGGUUUUCACCAUCAAAGACGUUUUCGGUUACGAUGAGCUUUGGGGAUUGCGUCUCAUCAGCGGACUGUGCACCGGAGCGAAUGCUGUGGCCUACGGAUGGGAAGUGUUGUACACUACGAAAUUUAUACAUCACUGAUGACGCCGGACAAAGAAGAACGACGAUCGGUUAAAAAUGAAUAUACUUAUAAUGUUAUAGGUAUCUUUUUUUUUGUACUCUCCUAUACUAAAUUAUUUAAUUCUCCGUCGCCUUAUUACAUACGUAUAGCAUAAUUAUAUGUAAAUAAGACAGAAUAAGCGUCACUUUUGUAUUUGUACAGGUAUACCAAUAUAUAUAUACUAUUUCUAAUAUAAUUAUAAUAUUAUAAUGAUGUAAACA